AUGGAGAAUCGUCCUUCAGGUGUUAUCAGCAAUGGCAAAAUUAGUCCCUCUAGUCCAAGUUUCACACAUGAAGGAGGUGGUGGAGAACAUGAAAUUCGUGUACAGCCACAAAUUCCAGGAUGGUUUUCAGAAUAUUCUCUAUUAUGGCCAGGACAAGCACACUUCUUAAAAGUAGAAAAGAUUUAUUUCCAAGGGAAAUCUGAAUACCAGGAUAUGCUAGUUUUUCAGUCAUCAACUUAUGGCAAGGUUUUUGUUCUUGAUGGAGCACUCCAACUCACAGAGAAGGACGAAUGUGCUUACCAAGAAAUGAUGACUCACCUUCCUCUUUGUUCUAUCCCCAACCCAAAAAAGGUGCUGCUUAUUGGUGGUGGAGAUGGUGGCAUCCUAAGGGAAAUUUCUCGCCACUCGUCUGUUGAACAAAUCGACAUAUGUGAAAUAGACACAAUGCUCAUUGAUGUCUAUAAAGAAUUUUUCCCAGACGUUGCUGUUGGGUACAAAGACCCUCGAGUCAAGCUUCAUAUCAUAGAUGGAACUCUUUUUUUGAAUUCUGUGCCAAGAGGAACCUAUGAUGCCAUUAUAGUGGAUGCCUUCGACCCAAUAAGGCCUGAUCAUGAGCUUUUUGAAUCCGAGUUUUUCGAACUGGUUUCUGUGGCUCUUCGACCUGGAGGAGUCCUGUGUAUCCAAGCAGAGAGUAUUUGGUUUCAGUCCUUGGAUAUUGAAGAACUUCUCACCAAAUGUGACCAACCUUUUAAAGUGGGGUCAUUGGUUUCUUGCUAUUCCACGGAAGGUCCAUAUGUCGACUUCAGAAAUCCAAUUAAUCCCAUCGAUCCCGAAAAUUAUGGCAUAUCAAAGCAACCCUUGAAGUUCUACAACUCAGAAUAUAGUCCCAAUGGAGUGAGUCAAAUAAGUGAAGUUUUUGGAAAGACAAAAAAGCAACACGUGAGAGAUAUUGUAG